GCGGUGGGGGGGGGCGACGUCGGGGGGAGGGGGGCUGUGUUGGGGGGAGGGGUGGGGGCGACGCCCGUGGGGGAGGGGAUAGGACGGGGCGUUGCGGGAACUGGAGCGAGCGGUGGCCGUCUAGCCCGUGCGGGUUCGGUUCGGUUUCACCGUGAAGCCCUGCGUUCCCGGCUCUUCCUGCUCGCGUGCGGCUGCCCCUCCCCCACGCCCUUGACCAUUUCUGAGCCUUAAGGUUGUAACUCUCCACUGUCACGUACAUUUUUGUUGGAAUCUUUCCGGAAAAAUGGAAUCUGGCAAUGUAUCCCAAGGAAAUAUUGGGAGAAAAGUGUUUAUUAGCAUAUUUGGCAGUCCCCAAAUUAGCUUCAAAGCCUGUUUCCCAAUCGAGGUCAUUUUGCAAAAACUUGUUUUUGCUGUAAAUGAGAAGAGCCUUGGUUGGGAGCUGGUACCGGUGCCUGGUUCUGCCUCCAAGAGGCUGUGAGCUCCAAGUCACUUAGCUUCUGGGGGCUCAGCCCGUGAUGAAACAAGAUAAAACAUGCGUGUGCGUGUGUGGGGUGACGCUACGCUAUGGCACAGGCGCUCAGGGCUGAGCUUGGCACCUCUGUCCACUGUCCAGGUGUUACUUACUGUGGCUGCUGGUAAAGACUCCCCUUGUGCAAUAGCCCUCUUUGUGUUUCCAUUUUUGACAGUGUAAUGGAAGAGUUUACUCCAGAAUAUCUCUGAUGGCUGGUAUUUCAGAGCGCAAGUCAGUCAAUGAGCAGAGAAUAUUGAAGGAUGUUUGUUCCAAGAUCCCUGAAAAUCAAGCGGAACGCUAGUGAUGAUGGUAGAAGUUGUGUGGCCAAGAAAAUCAAGCCAGAAGGUGAAAAUCCUGGGCUGGACGCUGGCGGGUUUGGUCCAGCUGUCACCUCAGACCCCAGAGAACCAGCAGCGCAUCCGCAUCCAGCCGGCCCGGUGGCUGAGGGGGUUCUGGCUGGACCCGAGCAGGAGGCACAGGACAAUCUCCCGGAGGAACCCGUGAAGUCCUUUUCCAAAACCCAGCGCUGGGCAGAGCCCGGGGAGCCAGUGUGCGUGGUGUGCGGGCGGUUUGGAGAAUACAUCUGUGAUGAGACGGAUGAAGAUGUGUGUAGCCUGGAGUGUAAAGCAAAACACCUUCUGCAGGUUAGGGCAGCCGAGGAGCAGAGAGAGCCACCCCAGGAAGGGAGUUCUGAGCCGGGGGCUCCAUGCCCUGCUUCCUACGUCUACACCGAGCACGCCUUCAUCUCGAACCUCCGGGAGGACCAGAUUGAAAACCUUAGAGGGCAGCUGGGAAUCGUGGUGGAAGGGCGAGGUGUCCCCAGGCCCAUCAUUGACUUUGGGCAUUGCGGCUUCCCUGAGACCUUAAACUUCAACUUGAAGACCGCAGGCUACGAAGUUCCCACGCCCAUCCAGAUGCAGAUGAUCCCCGUGGGGCUUCUGGGCAGGGACCUCCUGGCCAGCGCUGACACCGGCUCAGGAAAGACGGCCGCCUUCCUGCUUCCCGUUAUCACGCGAGCUCUGGUUCAGAGCAAAGCACCAUCUGCGCUCGUCCUCACGCCCACGAGGGAGCUGGCCAUCCAGAUAGAGCGCCAGGCCAAGGAGCUGAUGGGCGGUCUGCCCCGCAUGAGGACCGCGCUCCUGGUGGGGGGCCUGCCCGCCCCCCCGCAGCUCCAUCGCCUGCGCCAGCGGGUCCAGGUAAUCAUAGCAACUCCUGGGCGACUUCUGGAUAUAAUGAAGCAGAGCUCUGUGGAUCUGGGCAAUAUCAAAAUUGUAGUAGUGGAUGAAGCUGACACUAUGUUAAAGAUGGGCUUUCAGGAGCAAGUGCUUGACGUCUUGGAGAACGUGCCUCAGGAUUGCCAGACCAUUUUGGUGUCAGCCACGAUUCCAACCCGCAUAGAACAGUUGGCGAGCCGGCUCCUGCACGACCCCGUGAGGGUCCUUGCCGGGGAGAAGAACCUGCCCUGCCCCAGCGUGCGCCAGAUCGUUUUGUGGGUGGAAGAACCAGCCAAAAAGAAAAAGUUAUUUGAAAUCUUGAAUGAUAAGAAGCUCUUUAAGCCUCCAGUGUUAGUAUUUGUGGACUGCAAACUAGGAGCAGAUCUGUUGAGCGAGGCAGUUGAGAAGAUCACGGGUCUAAAAAGCACAUCCAUGCACUCGGAGAAGUCCCAGAUAGAAAGGAAAACCAUCCUGGAGGGGUUACUUGAAGGCGACUAUGACGUCGUUGUGAGCACGGGGGUCCUGGGAAGGGGCCUGGACUUGAUCAGUGUCAAGCUCGUUGUCAAUUUCGACAUGCCUUCGAGUAUGGAUGAGUACGUGCACCAGGUUGGAAGAGUGGGCAGAUUAGGUCAAAAUGGAACAGCAAUUACAUUCAUCAAUAACAACUCCAAGAGACUCUUCUGGGAUAUUGCAAAACGGGUGAAACCCACCGGAUCCCUUCUUCCGCCUCAGUUGUUAAAUUCCCCCUACCUGCAUGAGCAGAAGAGAAAGGAGCAGCAGAAAGAUAAACAGAUGCAGAAUGACCUGGUUACAGGGGCUAAUCUUAUGGACAUUAUUAGAAAGCAUGAUAAAAGUAAUUCUCAAAAAUGAUUUGUGAUACCACUUUGCCUAAUUUGUACUGUGCACCAUCAGUGAAAUUUCUGUAUGUUAUUACCAUUUGGUUUGAGUUAAUGAGACCAUGUACAGGAAACAAAAAGUUAACAUGAUGUAAACAAUUUUAAUAGACUGUCACGUUUAUACAGCA